GGCGCACGGGGAGGAGAGAUGAUGGCCGGAGAGCUCUCGGAGCUGGAGGAGGCCAUCGAGACGCUGGUGAAGAACUAUGACAAGUACGCCAGCAAGGGCUUCCGCUGGUGGAAGCGCGGGAUCAGCAAGGACAACUUCCAGAAGAUGCUGAGCCAGGAGCUCCACCAUGCGCUGAUGAACACUGAGAACCGGCAGGCGAUUGAGGAUCUGAGGCGAUACUACGAUAAGAACCAAGACGGACUGAUCGCUUUUGAGGAGUACUGGACCUUAAUGGGCAGCAUUGCCCAGUCGCUCUUGGCCAUGAAGGGAGAGCCGGAGCAGGACACCUCGAAGUAG